CAACCUCACAUUUUUCCCCCCAGAGGCCGCUCCAGGCUCUUUACGACAACCUGUAGCUUAUAGGCUAUAACGUGAUUCCUGCUAGCCCUACACUCCCGCUUCCAUCAUGGAAAGUUCACGAGGCCCGCCCCGGGUUAAGAACAAGGCUGCCGCGGACAUUCAAAUCAGCGCAGAGCAGCUUCUCCGAGAAGCCGUUGACCGUCAAGAUGAGAAAGUUAAGGCGCCGACGCAGAGGUUCGCCGACCUAGAGGAACUUCAUGAGUUCCAAGGCAGAAAGAGGAAGGAGUUUGAAGACUAUGUCCGAAGGAAUCGGAUUAACAUGAACAAUUGGAUGAAAUACGCCCAAUGGGAACUCGAGCAAAAAGAGUUUCGAAGAGCGCGAUCGGUGUUUGAGCGAGCCCUAGACGUUGACAGCACAGCGGUUGUGCUAUGGAUUCGCUACAUUGAGGCGGAAAUGAAAUCACGAAAUGUUAAUCAUGCGCGGAAUCUGAUGGACCGAGCCGUUGCGAUACUUCCACGAGUCGAUAAGCUAUGGUACAAAUACGUGUACAUGGAAGAAACCCUCGGGAAUCUUGACGGCGUUCGCAUAGUCUUCGAACGAUGGAUGCAGUGGGAACCAGAAGAAGCUGCAUGGUCUGCAUAUAUCAAGUUUGAGAAGCGGUACAGCGAAUUGGAGAAAGCAAGGGCCAUAUUCGAACGAUUCACAAUUGUGCACCCGGAACCAAAGAAUUGGAUUAAGUGGGCAAAAUUUGAGGAAGAGAAUGGCACCAGCGAUCUAGUUCGAGAUGUCUUCGGAACCGCUAUCGAAACACUUGGGGAUCACUUCAUGGAUGAAAAGCUAUUUAUGGCGUACGCCAGAUUUGAAGCAAGGCUCAAGGAAAUCGAACGGGCGAGGGCGAUCUACAAGUUCGCUCUGGAUCGCAUGCCACGAUCGAAAUCAGUCAAACUCCAUGAAGCCUUCACCCAGUUCGAGAAGCAAUACGGUGACCGGGACGGAAUCGAGGAUGUUAUUCUAUCUAAACGAAGGGUGCACUACGAGGAACAGGUCAAGGAGAAUCCCAAAAAUUACGACGCUUGGAUUGACUUUGCGCGCCUAGAGGAGGCUUCUGGAAAUACUGAUCGGGUUCGCGAUGUUUACGAGAGGGCCAUCGCGCAAAUUCCCCCAACCCAAGAGAAACGACAUUGGAGACGCUACAUCUACCUAUGGCUGUUCUACGCAUUAUAUGAAGAGACCACAACUAGGGACAUCGAGAGGACUAGACAGAUCUACCAAGAAUGUCUACGGCUCCUCCCGCACAAACGAUUCACCUUCGCAAAAGUGUGGUUAAUGGCAGCGCAGUUCGAGCUCCGACAAGGCCAAUUAACCGAUGCACGGAAAACUCUAGGGCGAUCGAUAGGAAUGUGUCCAAAAGACAAACUCUUUAGAGGCUAUAUUGAGCUCGAGAUGAAACUAUUUGAGUUUGGUCGCUGCCGUCAGCUCUACGAAAAGUAUAUUGAAUGGAAUCCAGCCAACUCUCAAGCCUGGAUUAAGUUUGCAGAACUCGAGCGUGGUCUAGAUGACUUAAUCAGGGCUCGCUCUAUCUUCGAGUUGGCUGUCGAUGAGCCGCAGCUCGACAUGCCGGAGUUAUUGUGGAAAGCGUAUAUUGACUUCGAAGAAGAGGAGGGAGAGUACGAGAGGACCCGGCAACUCUAUGAAAGGCUUCUCAAGAAGACAGAUCAUGUCAAGGUUUGGAUCAGUUGGGCUCAAUUUGAAAUUGGUGCUCCAGAUGGCGAGGGAGAUGUUGGUGAUGAGGAUAGACCAGUGAGUGAAGAGGCAAAAGCCCGAGCGAGAAAGGUCUUCGAGAGAGCACAUAGCAGGAUGAAGGAAAAGGAGCUGAAGGAAGAAAGAGUGGCGUUACUCAAUGCAUGGAAAUCCUUCGAGACAGCACAUGGAUCUUCUUCGGAUAUCGAAAAAGUGGACAAGCAAAUGCCCCGGAAGGUCAAGAAGCGGAGGAAGCUGGACGACGAUUCGUUCGAAGAGUACAUGGAUUAUGUGUUUCCAGCAGACGACGAGAGCGCGGCGAAAUUCGCCAGUUUUCUGGCGAAUGUGCACAAGUGGAAGGCAGAUCAAAAUGGUGGCGGUUCAUGAAAGUAUGUCAAGAGGACUAUCGUCCGCCCGUCCUGGUAGCGAAGCUAGAAAACCCCGCAUGGCGCCGUAUCUCCAUAGGCGACCUCGUGCAUGCGGUAUCUGGUUGUCAUUGCACCGCAGCCACAUUAGCCCUCCUUAUCCGUCUGGGCUAGCUGCACAGAUAGAGAAAAUGGAUCGGAAUGGAAUGAAUGUGCAACCAAGGCAGAAACUUGCAGAUCAAGCGCCGGUUGAUUGUGAAAUUCUUGGGUAAUAGCUAAAGAAAGACACGACAGCACAUCACAUCACACUCCCC